GAAUAAAUUCAUGCCAAGAGGGGAAGAUCAAGGGUAGCCAUGAAAGUCUUUGGCAUACUCUAUUUCUUGUACUCUUGUUUAUCCAUCAUAAUAAUCUGCCAAGCAGAUGAUACAAUAACUAAAACCCAGUUCCUUGCAGAUGGUGAGACCAUAGUGUCAUCAAAUGAAACCUUUGAACUGUGGUUCUUCAGUCCUGGCAAUUCCAAGAAGCGGUAUGUGGGAAUGUGGUACAAGGAAAUGUCUACUACCGUGGUAUGGGUUGCCAACAGAGAAACGCCACUUGCAGAUACAUCAGGUGUCUUAAAGGUCAUUGAUCCAGGAAUUCUAGUCCUUGUCAAUGGUUCAAGUAGAAUCAUAUGGUCCACAAAUGCAUCAAUCUCUGCACAGAAUCCAGUCGCUCAGCUUCUGGAAUCAGGAAACCUGGUUGUGAAAGAUGUUAAUGGUAGCAAUUCAGAGCAGAUCCUAUGGCAGAGUUUUGACCAUCCGGGUGACACCCUUUUGGCGGGGAUGAAGGUUGGGAAGAACUGGGUGACUGGCAAAGAGUGGUAUCUCUCAUCCUGGAGGAGCACAGAUGAUCCAGCACCAGGUGAUUAUACUUAUAGCCUGAAUAUCCAUGGCUACCCACAAUUUGUUUUGUACAAGGGUUCCACCAAGGUGUUCUGUUCGGGGCCUUGGAAUGGAGUCCGGUUCAGUGGAGUACACUUAAGACCAAAUUCAAUUUUCAAGUAUGGGGUGGUAUUUGAAAAGGAUGAGAUCUAUUACAGAUAUGAUGUCCUUGACAGCUCUGUUGUUACAAGGUUUAUCUUGGCUCCUGAUGGCAUUGGACAGCGCUGGACAUGGGUUAAUAAAACCAUUGGUUGGGUUCUUUAUCUGACAGUGCGAACAGAUAACUGCGACGCUUAUGGACUAUGUGGUCCAUAUGGUACCUGUAAUGUUGACAAAUCCCCUGUUUGUGGCUGUUUGAGUAAAUUUGUUCCGAAAAACCAGAGAGAUUGGAACAUGACAAAUUGGUCUGGUGGGUGUGUUCGGAGAACAGAACUGGAUUGCAGCAAAGGAGAUGGAUUUGAGAAAUAUAGUGGCCUCAAAGCGCCAGACGCAACGAAUUCUUGGGUUGAUAAGAGCAUGACACUUGAGCAAUGCAGAGAGGCAUGCUUGAAAAACUGUUCUUGUAUGGCUUAUUCCAAUUUAGAUGUAAGAAAUGGUGGAAGUGGCUGCUUGAUUUGGUUUGGUAACCUGGUUAACUUGGGAGAUUUUGGCGAAAAUGGGUUCGAUAUAUACGUAAGGAUGUCAUCCUCUGACUUAGGUUCAACAGUACAUCAAGUUGCCCACCAUAGAAAGACAAGAGUGGUAAUUGCAGUGAGCUUGGCAAUAUUUUCUGGGUGUCUACUGCUGGGUCUGGCCCUUAUAUAUUAUAUCCUGCAAAAAAAGAAGCGAAAUCCAAGCCAAGACAGAGAAGAUCUCCCUUUUGCAGGACAUUCGGUAGUACAGAGUUCUGAACAACGGUGUGAUAACAAAAGCCAUAAUGAAGAUCUAGAGUUGCCAUUGUUCGACUUUGCUACAAUAGCUUAUUCUACUGACAACUUUUCACAGAAUAACAAGCUUGGAGAAGGUGGAUUUGGACCCGUUUACAAGGGCAUGCUGGAAGGGGGGCAAGAAAUAGCUGUUAAGCGGCUGUCAAAGCAUUCGAGGCAAGGGCUUGAUGAGUUCAAGAAUGAAGUCAUUUGCAUCGCCAAACUUCAGCACCGAAAUCUCGUGAAGCUUCUGGGAUGUUGCAUUGAAGGAGAAGAAAUGAUGUUGAUCUAUGAAUACAUGCCCAACAAAAGCCUCGACUACUUCAUUUUUGAUGAAACUCCAAGAACCUUACUGGAUUGGCCCAAGCGCUUCCACAUUAUAAAUGGGAUUGCCCGGGGGAUUCUUUACCUCCAUCAAGACUCCAGACUAAGAAUUAUCCAUAGAGAUCUCAAAGCUAGCAAUAUUCUACUAGAUAUUGACAUGACACCAAAAAUAUCAGACUUUGGAAUCGCAAGAAGUUUUGGAGGAAAUGAGACACAAGCAAAUACAAAACAAGUGGUCGGAACAUAUGGCUAUAUGUCUCCGGAAUAUGCAAUGGAUGGCCUUUUUUCAGUUAAAUCAGAUGUGUUCAGCUUUGGGUUGGAGAUAGUGAGCGGGAAAAGAAACAGAGGUUUCUACCAUUCAGAUCACCACCAUAACCUUCUUGGUCAUGGAUGGAAACUUUACAAAGACGGUAGAUCAAUGGAACUGAUGGAUGAGUGUCUGGGAGAUUCAUGCCAUUUAUCAGAGGUGCUGCGAUCAAUCCAUGUGGGACUUUUGUGCGUGCAGCAAGGUCUAGAAGACAGGCCAAGCAUGGCAUCAGUGGUUCUGAUGCUGGGUGGUGAAGGUGCACUGGCUGAGCCUAAGCAGCCUGGCUUUUUUGCUGAAAGAAGCAGGAAGGUUAGAACUGGUGCUUCAUUAAGCACAGGGGCCACAAAUUCAGCCAAUCAACUCACCAUCACUCGGUUAGAUGGUAGAUAGAAAAGAAUGCACAGAAUUCAUGUUGCCUACUGUUUGUGGCUUGUUUUGCCUGUUCUAGAGCUCACAUAUGCUCAGUUUAAUGUUAUUCUUUUUGGCUAAAUAGAGCAAGUAUAAAUGUUUUGAGUUCAAUUAAUUGCAAAUACUAUUUGUUAUACGUUAGAAAAGUUAAUAGCAUAUAUAUAUAUAUAUAUAUGUGUGUGUGUGUAUAUGAAUGUAUGUUUGAAACACAUACAUAUAAUUUCUUUUGAGACAUCCCGAAUUUCAUAACUC